CAAGCUUGCAUUAACGGAGGUUUCUUUGAACCUUUCCUUAGGGUUUAGGCCUUUUCCGAUCAGAAAUGGCGUCUCUCAUGGCGGUCCGGCGUGUUCGAACCCCCAUUCAUAUCUCCUCCUUCAUCAAGGUACUGUCUCCUCUCCCUUCAACUUUCACCUUCUCUUGCGGAAACCGAACAGAGACCCUAAUCAAAGCCCUAAGCACCUCGGCGUUCCCUGACGAUUUCUCCAAUUUCCCUACACCGCCGCAACAACCUUCUUCGUCUGACCAUCGAUAUCCUCAGGCUCAGUGGGGUUCGCCGAGCCAGGUUCAUCGUUCGAGUGGAAAUUUUAAUCACCAGUCGUUCUCGGAGUUUCAGAAUCGCGACUAUGUUCAACAGGGAAGUCCUAGUAAUCAAAUGAUUAAUCGGAGUCAAAAUCAGAGCUCGUACCCCAAUCUUGGAUUUCCCCGGCAGGGUCAGAGCUAUACUCAAGGCGGUAACCCUAAUUCGUGGAAUCCUCCAAAUCAGAGCUACCCGCAGUAUCCAAAUCCUUCGCAGCCGAACCCUCAAAAUUUCAAUUAUCAGCAACAAAGAGGCCCUAACCAAUGGAGCAAUCAAAAUCAGGGACUCCCACAAUUUGGAAAGCCUGGUCAGCGGAACCUACAAGCAGAGAAUUCUUAUCAGUUGAAUAAUCAGGCUGGGAUUCAAGGGCAUGGUGCUCAAAAUCACGCACCCAAUGCCCUUGUAUCUCCUAUUGAUGAAUUGCGGCGCUUUUGUGGAGAGGGGAAGUUGAAAGAAGCUGUUGAAUUAUUGAAAGAAGGUGUUAAAGCUGAUGCUGAUUGUUUCCAUGAGUUGUUUGAAUUAUGUGGGAAGUCGAAGUCAUUUGAAAAUGCUAAAGUAGUUCAUGAUUACUUUCUACAGUCAACUUGUAGAAGCGAUCUGCAAUUGAAUAAUAAAGUGCUUGAGAUGUAUGGGAAAUGUGGGAGCAUGAGCGAUGCACAGAGAGUGUUCGACCAUAUGCUUGAUAGGAGUAUUGAGUCUUGGCAUCUGAUGAUAAAAGGAUAUGCGGAUAAUGGAUUGGGUGAUGAUGGUCUGGAGUUAUUUGAGAACAUGAAGAAGUUGGGAUUGCAUCCCAAUUCACAAACUUUCCUUUUUGUUAUGUCGGCUUGUGCUAGUGCCAGUGCUGUGGAAGAAGGAUUUAUGUACUUUGAGUCUAUGAAAAAUGAUUACCAUAUCAACCCAGACAUGGAUCAUUAUCUGGGGCUUUUAGGUAUUCUUGGAGAACCUGGACACAUCAAUGAGGCUUUCGAGUAUGUCGAAAAACUGCCCAUGGAGCCCACAGUCGAGGUAUGGGAGACUUUGAAGAACUAUGCUAGAAUGCAUGGAGAUGUUGAUCUUGAGGACUAUGCAGAGGAGCUAAUUGUUGAUCUGGACCCAACGAAAGCUGCCUCUAACAAGAUACCGACGCCACCUCCCAAGAAGCGAUCUGCAAUUAGCAUGCUUGAUGGGAAGAACAGGAUUGUUGAAUUCAGAAAUCCAACUCUCUACAAAGAUGAUGAAAAAUUAAAGGCUUUGAAGGCAAUGAAAGAACAAGGGUAUGUGCCAGAUACUAGAUAUGUUCUUCACGAUAUUGAUCAAGAGGCCAAAGAGCAGGCAUUGCUGUAUCAUAGUGAACGAUUGGCAAUUGCAUAUGGAUUGAUCAGUACACCGGCGCGAACGCCUCUUAGGAUCAUUAAGAACCUACGGAUCUGUGGUGACUGUCACAAUGCCAUCAAAAUCAUGUCUAGAAUUGUUGGGAGAGAGUUGAUUGUAAGGGACAACAAACGGUUUCAUCAUUUUAAGGAUGGUAAAUGUUCAUGUGGGGAUUACUGGUAAACCAUCAUUCUUGAACACACCACAACAUGUACCUGAUGAGUUUAUCUUCCCAAUAGCAGCUCGAUGUAAAGUGUUAGACCAUCAAUAUCCUUAUGCGAACCACGAAACAAGGUACCGAUUGGAGACGAGCUAGCCAUUGAUUUAUAAUGUACGCUCUUCUUAUCCUGAUAUUUAAUCAUUCGUCUUAUCAUCAUUUUUUUUUUCUUCUUUUCCUGCUGUUUAUUGUUGGAACUGAAUUGGAAAGUGCUAGUUUUCUUCUCCUGAUA